AUGUCCGCUCUCAACUUGGUGGCAGCACUGUGUCUCAUCGCGCACCUCCACACAUCUCACGGCUUCGACCGCUCACUGAUAUGCGAGACGCCUCCCACCCCGCCGCCUGGACCACCCCCCAUUAUGCCACUGCUGGCCCCACCGAUGUAUUACUAUCCACCACCACCAGUGAUCCCAGUUGUAGCAGUGAUACCAAUGGUACCAGCUGUACAAGUGAUACCAGCUGUCCCAAUGGUAUUCCUCAUCAGCCUGCACAUCACGAGCACGCCAUGCAAGCACCGGCACCACAUCAACUUGCACGAUGGAAGCAUCGAGAACAUCUUCUACUACCAGGACGUCAAACACAACCCUGAGAAUAACCACCCAAUCCCGCUGAGGGGUAACCCUUGGAACAUGCAUGACAGGGUAGAGUCCCCCACCACCAAGCCCGCCUGCUGCCCCAAGUUGUGUUGUUCUUCGUGCUGCGGAGACUGCCACAGCAACAACCCCGUCGUCAUGCACCAGUUCCCACCAACGUUCUUCAACACCAACGGGAAUAACCCAGUAGAACAGAUAAAUCCACUCGAUAUGAAACCGGACGCGAAACCCGACUGGUCGCCUUCCCACCAAAAAUACUACGACGAAUUGAAAAACAAAACGCUCCACGGAAUCCAGCACUACAGCGGGAGACGACAAUUUGUGGACACGAAGGACAAUAUACGAGGGCUCAUCGCUCAAGAUGAGGACAUAAAGAGGAUAUUGAAGGAGCUGGUGCGGGUGACCAUGCAGAAGGUGACCCUGGUGGAACAGCUGAAGGAGAAGCAGACGAGCAGGAGGGUUGUGGACGUCGGUGGAACGGAAACAAAAGACGACACGACCGAUGAUGAAUAUCAGGAUUAUAAUAAUGGUGAUGAAAAUGUAGACGAUUAGAUUAAUCUGUGAAGGAAUUACUUAGUUAAAACCAUGUUUCUUAUAAAACAGUCGACUGUAGAGGACAGUAGGAGGUAUCUGAGUUAUGUUAAUAUGUAAAUUGUUAUUGUGAGUUCUCAUUUUUUGCAUGAAUAUUACAUAAAUUUAUACGAAUGUGGCAGGAAGCGACAGCAAGAUAAACUUUUCACUUGCAAUUAUCAUACAAUUAAACGGUACCUACAGCGAAGUUAGCGAGUCUCAAAGGAAUGGGUGGUCAUAGCCAGCUAAAA